UUUCCUUCGAUGGAUAGAGGGAGGUCCCAUGGUCGAGAUUCCAUCCCAUGUUUUGUGCAUGACUAAGAGUCGCAAUAAUAUCUCCCGAUUUUGAACUAGUGCGUGCUAUCAUUUAGGUGCUUAUGACGAUGAACUGUUGUCCUACCCCCAUCGCAUGCACUGCAUGCUUCAGCAAGUCAGCGAUGAAACUUUACUCAGCCGACAAACUCAAGUUACUGUAUGGAAGAAAGCUACAGAUGGUCGGUCCAUUCAAAACGCGACGAACCCAUCGUGUUGACAUCUGUCCCUCCAUAGCAGGCGGGCGCUUUUGCUCAGGGAUAUAUGCUGCUCGCCCCCCUCCUAUCCGUCGAGCUACACACGUUGAUCACAACUUCACUUAUACUGUACAUUAUAUUUAUGAUGGGGGCAUCCGAAGACAAUACCACGGAGUGUACUUAACUUACUAUGUAGUUCACUGCCACUGGAUUUGCUCACAGCCCAUCCGAAAGGGAUGGAUGGCCGGUUAUGUCGUCGACGACCCAACGGAAAGGGUGGAAGCGCAACCAGAAACGACUCAACCUCGUCGGGGUUCUAUUGUGGUCAGCCCAGCCAACCACCGCAGAUGGAUUAUUUGCCAGCCACGCCACCAUCCGCGAAAACUCGUACGGGUGAGGCAGUGACACGUACAACAUGGCGAGAUCUCUGCUCUAAAUUUACCAUACUCCUUUUUCCCGUUUUCCCAGUCAUUUUGUCAGUGGCAGACUUUUUUCAUAGUUCAUACAUGACACAGCCCAUCAAUAAAUGUAGGUUGUUAGACGAUGCUCAACAUUCUCACCACACAGUAGUAGUUUUUAUCCACAUGUCUCGCUGCAUAAGCCAAGAGGUGCACCGAAAAGUACAACUGGCUGUGGAACCCCCCUCCAUCAGAAUCAACCCCGCUUA